AUAUUACUGCGACAAGAGAACAGCUGUGAACGAAAAGAUGGACGGUAUCACUGGUGACAUUUGUUGUUCAAUACAAACAAUGGACGUGUUUAGUGUUUGUAAUUUAACUGACCGUUGUGUGGAAUAAAUAAUAUUUUGUUCUUAACAAUGUGACAGACAGUGAAGUGUUAUGAACAAUGGAUAGGUAUAAUUCGAAUUAGUAAAUAUUUCGGUUAUUGAUCCUGUACCCUAUACAAGUUGCACGACGUAUGAUUUGCCUCAAAAGUGAAAGAGUUUCGACAGUUAAAAUUACAGUUUGAUAUAAAGUUCGUAUAAUGGAGUGUGUUGGUGAUUUUGAAUACAACAGCAAAGAUUUGAUUGGCCAUGGUGCCUUUGCUGUUGUGUUCAAAGGCAGGCACAAGAAGAAUCCAAAUUUUGUGGUUGCCAUCAAAAGCAUCACAAAGAAAAAUCUGGCCAAGUCACAAAACUUGCUGGGAAAGGAGAUUAAAAUAUUGAAGGAGUUGACAGAGCUUCAUCAUGACAAUGUUGUGGCGUUGCUUGACUGUAAGGAAACAUCACAUAAUGUGUUUUUGGUCAUGGAGUACUGCAAUGGAGGUGACUUGGCAGAUUACUUAGGGGUGAUGGGCACACUCAGCGAGGACACAAUUCGACUCUUCCUCUGUCAGCUGGCGGGAGCAAUGAAGGCGUUGUAUGCAAAGGGUAUUGUCCACCGGGACCUAAAGCCACAGAAUAUAUUACUGAGUCACAGUGGUGGGAAAUCCUGUCCACAGCCACAAGAGAUUCGAUUGAAGAUUGCUGACUUUGGCUUUGCAAGGUUCCUUCAGGAUGGCGUGAUGGCAGCGACGCUGUGUGGGUCACCAAUGUACAUGGCACCAGAAGUGAUCAUGUCUCUGCAGUAUGACGCUAAAGCUGACCUGUGGAGCCUAGGUACCAUCGUGUUUCAGUGUCUGACUGGCAAGGCGCCAUUCCAUGCCCAGACACCACAGGCACUCAAGCAGUACUACGAGAAGAAUGCAAACCUUGCUCCAAAGAUCCCAUCAGGAACUUCUCCGGAAUUGGCUGAUUUGUUAUUGGGAUUACUGAGACGUAAUGCUCGUGACCGCAUACCGUUUGAUAGUUUCUUCAACCACCCAUUCCUACAACGCCGCCCAGAACCCUCCCCACCACAGUCACCACCAUCUUGUCCGUUACCAGGAGAGCUUCCAUCUUCUCCUGGUGCCCUGUUUACUCCUGCCACUGUAGCAACAUCUGCAGGGGCAACAGUGACUGUAGCCAGCCCGAUGCAACAGAAGGCUGAGUCCGGCUCUUCGGUUCCAGGAUCACCAGUUUCUGGUAGGGGCCAAGGCAGUAGCUCCAGUCCAGAAGAAACAGAUGAUUUUGUUCUGGUCCCUUCCAACAUACCUUCAGACGUGUCUAGUGACAGUAACCAUGCAGAAAGGCUGGUUAAGGGACACAGGCCUUGCUUGGCGAUUGCUAGUCCUCCAAGGCCAAGUUUCCUUCCUAUCUCAGAGCCAAUUCCAGUCCCGACACAAAGGGGUGUAUAUCAGCAGCUUCACUCUAAUGAAGGACUGCCCUCUCCGACAAAGAGCACAGUUCCCAGAUCUCAGCCGAUUAGCAUGAAGCGUGGGGGUGAUCACACGAGGACAGCACCACCAGAUCUCACCUCCCUCUCUCCACCUUCAGUUCAGUUUAUGAUUGGGACUCCACCAGGAGGAGGGCAGCGUCGACGAUCAGCGUCAGGAAGCUCAUGUGAAACUCCACCUCCUGUCACCACUUGGCAAGUUUCGCCAGUUUCUGGAGGGAAACUCACUCCAACGAGUUCACCUCUGAGACGGUCAGGUGCCAGCUCUCCACUUCUGAGUGGCCCAUUAGCUAUGCUUCCUCCUAUUUUGGACUCGCCAAUACGCCUUGCUGACAAUAACAAUCUUCACCAUUCACCUGUGAUGCCAUUUGGCACACGAGCCAUGACGCUACCUGAAAUUUCAGGCGGAUACCAGCGCCUUUUUAGUGAUGCUCCAGUUCCUCCAAUAGAUGGCCCCAUCACUUUCGUUGCGCCAGAACUACCCGAGGAAACACUUCUAGAGAGGGAACACAAUGAGACUCUAGCUAAGUUAAAUUUUGUGCUGGCCUUGUCGGAAUGUGUGGUAGAAUUAGCACAAGCAAGAGCAACACCUUUAGCAGCGCUCACUGAGAGUACAAGUGUACGUCAACAGACAGAAGGCAGUCGUCGUGCUGAACAGUUAGUGUUGCUAGUACGGGCAUUGCAGCUGCUUAGUUCUGGGCUCAACUUAGCCACUCAGCAGUUACGAGCAGGCCAGCUACAGCCUUCAGCUUCUGUUAAGAGUGUUGUGAGUGUCAUGAAUGCCAAAUUCAGGCAAUGUCUCAGUGACUGCAAGCAGUUGAACACUCCAGGGUUACUUCAGAAGGCUGGUGUGGAUCCAGGAAGUACAAACAUCACGGCUGAUAGGAUCCUGUACAACCACGCGAUCCAAAUGUGUCAGACGGCAGCUUUGGAUGAGCUGUUUGGGAAUCCAGAGGAAUGUUUUCAGCGCUACCAGACUGCACAGAUAUUGCUGCACAGUCUGUCGCAGCAAGUGAACCAUCAGCAGGACCGAGCACUACUCACAAAGUACAAAGAUGCUGUUGAGAAAAGGCUGUAUGUACUCCAGCAGCAGGGCUAUAUCUACUCCACCUGACCUGAUACCUGGUGGACAUAUGUCAUUACUACUAAUAUUAAUACUACUACCAUUGCUGCAAGGGUGUCUACUUGAUGAUCCAAAACCUGCCAGACUGCUUGUGCUGGGCAACUGAACAUGACAGAUGUCUUAGCUUGCUGCUUGUUUCCCUUGUAGAAAAUGGUUAUCAAGGACUUGCUAUAGGUGGCAUUUAUCUUAUGAUCAUAUCCAAUCAGAUGGUACAUGUACAUUUGGGUGUCCAUACUAAUGAGGAAGUGCAAAGUCUUUAGUAAUGUUGUUUUGGCAAAACUGUAUUCGUAACUCCCGCAGUUAACUAUAACAUGUCAAGUUCGAUGUGAUCGGUAGUGCCAUGAGAAAGAAUCUUUCAAGUCAGGUUUUGUUUCAUGUCAGCAGAAGUCAAAGUGAAGUCUUCUGUGAGAUUUCAGAUUCUCAUAGCAGUAACGGAAGGUACCAUCUUCUGGGAUAUGACACCCUGUAAUCUGGUAGAUCAGUGUGAAUGCUUUGGAGGAACUUGCUGGCUCCAUCAUCAGGGUGUAAGAUUAGGCAGUGAUGGGACUGGGGUCUGGAUCACAUAUAGUAUUUGUAUAAUCAUUUCCUUGCUUCACUUACUCUUCUGCCUGAAGAUGGAGGCACUAGUUUACUCUGAAACAUUGGUGUUGAUUUACUAGGCUUCAGUGAUAUCUCAUCCCACAGGAUAUUAAUUUCAAUAGUCAUAAUUUUUGUUGAAGUGGGUAUGUUUAUUUGUAGAGUGAAGACAGGAAUGAUCAGCAAGAGCUGAUCCAAAAGAAGCCUGUUAAAUAUAUUUA